AGGAUUGCAGCCGGCUCUAGCCUCUGCAAUGGUGGGAGGGGAAAUGGGGGAAGAGGAAGUAGAGUUUGGCUUUUCAGAAACAAUGGAUUUUUUUUUUCCCACAAAACAUUCUGCAAGGAUUUUUAAAAAAGUGGGGGACAAUGGAAGUGGGGGAUGGAGAGAGAAACCUCCCUCCAUGGAAGUGGGUAUAGGGGGACCACACAAUAAUCACGUCUCUAGUGUUCAGCAUUUAUUUUGUCUUGUUUUUCUUGGGCUCACUUUCAUCAGGCAAAAUUCUCCCGGGGCCCUCAGUCACCCAAGCCUAGCCCCCACAAUUCUGAAAGAAGAGGGGAAGAAAACCAUUCUUGAACUGAAAGCCCAAGUCCAGCCAUUUCGGAUGCAUAUCAUUUAUUUGUUUAUUUAGGUGGUGACCCAAAUCUUUGAGAUGGUCUUGAAGCACCGCAACCCCAGGGCAGCAGAGCGGGGCUGGGUUCCGUGUUUACUUGGGCUUCGGGAGGCGGGGGUGGGGGUGGGGGCCGCCCGAGAAGACUACAACUCCCAGCAUUCCUGCUCAGUCUCCUCCCCGUUUCUGUCCAUCAGAGAGGCAAGGCUCGGUGAGUCAGUACCCUACAGUAAAUAUUUGUAUUUGCAAGAGCCGGCUGUAAUGGUGGAUCUGUAAAGGAGAGCCAGGGAGAGCCCAGCCUUCGCCCAGAUAUUCCUCCUGUUGUCUGGCAGGGGAGCGAGCGGAGCCGACUUGGCACCAUGUCGGUGAACAUGGAUGAGCUGAAGCACCAGGUCAUGAUCAAUCAGUUCGUGCUGACUGCGGGGUGCGCCGCGGACCAGGCGAAGCAGCUCCUUCAGGCGGCACAUUGGCAAUUCGAGAUAGCCCUCAGUGCUUUUUUCCAAGAGACCAAUAUCCCUUACAGUCACCACCAUCAUCAGAUGAUGUGCACUCCCGCCAACACCCCUGCCACACCCCCCAACUUCCCCGACGCCCUCACCAUGCUCUCCCGCCUCAAGGCCUCCGAGAGCUUCCACAGCAGCAGCCCCAUGGCUUCCUCGGCCACCUCGCCCCCUCCCCUUCCGCACCCCCCCCACUUCGGCAGCUUCCCCGCCGCCUCGCCGCCUCCCGGCCCGCCGCCGCAGCCCCAGCAGCCGCAGCACUACUCAUGGACUCCUGCCCCCUCCUCCCAGCCCUCGGACUGGCCGCCCCCCGCCUCCCAGCGGGCCACCUCAGAACAGAAGGCCAGCGCGACCAUGGAGGCAGAGAGAUAAGGGAGGCCGAGGGCCCGUGGGGCCAGGGGCAGGGGAGAGGACGUCUCCUCUGGGCCCCCUCAUGCUUCUCCUCCGCACCCCCAUGUUCAUUUCUUUCACCCUUCCCCCAGAGACCUGGAGGGGGAGAGGCAGGACUCGGGAGCAGGCAGGGACUGUCUGACGCAAGCACGCACGCACACAACCACGCACGCAUGCGCACAUUCGGUGUAUGCACAAUCUCCUUUGCACAGAUAUAAUUUGAAGCUGUUUGGGCUCCCAUUAGAGACCAAACCAUGCCCCGGACCUGCCUGCCCUCCCCUCACCUCCUCAGAGAUACUACCCUGGAGAAUCACUACAAAGUCAGCUUCUGAUUUCAGGUAACAUGUACCCGCACACACACAUGCACACACACACUCAUACUCACACUGGCAUGCAUACAGAAGAACACGCAAGGCCCUGGCUUUGUGUGUGUGCAUAAAAGAUGUAUUUAUAUGUAUGUCUCUAUUCAAAACAGUUAUGUAGGUUUUCAGGGCAGCUGGAUUUUGCAUGUGAAUAACUGAUUCCCAAAGGCUCCCCUCCCCACUUCCCCACCGCCUGUCUUCUGCUCUCCUAUCCAGCACUGCCUCACUUGCAGAGAAGAGGACUGUGGGAAACUCCAGGACUCUCAUCUUCCCCACCCCAGUCCCCUGUCCCCCUCUCUCUUCCCCAGGGGUCACCUGCAUGCCUUCCCCAGAGCCCAGGGGGAUAGGGUCCCCGUCUCCUUGCCCCAUUUUAACAAACAAGAAGAAGAAAUUCCAAACCCACCAGACUCUGUGGUUUUGCAUUGUUUUCUGACAACCCUUGCAUGUCACUGUGUGUGGGAGCAGGCUGGAAAGGAGGGAGGAAAGCUGAGAGGCUGGCAGAGGGAAAGAGCCCAGAAUCUGGAGUCAAAAAGAUCUGUGUUCAAAUCCCAUCUCUGAGGGACCUCAGCAGUAAGAUGAAGGGAUAGGACUAGGUGGAUGCUUGAGGCCCAUUCCAGUUCCCAGCCUUUGAGUCUAGUAUCUGAGCAGAGGAAAUGUAAAGCCUUUUGAGGUUUGUUAGACUAUUCAGAAGCAUUUGGAGUGUUUCUUUGUUAUGUUUUUUUUUAAGCUAUAAUUUUCCCUUCAUUCUCUAAGGAAUGAAAAGAUUACCUCCCCUCACCCCUUAUUCUCCAGCAAUAUUGAUUUUCAUCUUAUUAUUGGAAGUAACUCCUUUGUUCCCUGAGCCCCGCUUAUUUACUCCAUCACCCCUGGUCAGAAAAUGUCAACCCUACCUCAUUUUGCUGGUCUUCUCCCCACUGGCCUCUUUCCAAACACAGAAGUCUGGGCUUUUCAUCCCUGGGGUUGGAGCCUGACUGUUUGAAUCCUGAUUUGCCUAAGGAUAGAGCCCCAAGUAUCUGUGUACUUACUGCCUAAGAGUAAAGAUAAUCAAGGCCAAAACCAUGGUCCAGCUCUGUGCAAAGGCCAGACAGACCCUGGUGGAAACUCACACGCUGCCCAUGGAGUUUGGAGAAAGGAAGGAGCCCAGGAAACCUUGGGGAAAGGGGUGGGAGAUGAAGUGUGGCUCUAAGCUUUAGCCUUGGUGAGGGAAGCCAGAUACUCCAGAAAUCAUGCCCAGAUUAAUAAUAACUGCAGCUAGCAUUUGUGUUUACAAACUAGUUCAUCUGUGCUAUUGCAUUUUUACAUUAGGUCUUAGACCCUGAGAGACAAGGGUAUGGGCCAAGAAAUGUAGACAAGAUAGAGUGGUACAGACAUAGAACUGAAAUCAAAAGACAUGAAAACUGAGAGAUCCAAAUUAUAGACUAUAUAGGACUAAAAAAAUCCCAAAACAAAACAGUGGCUGCUUAGGGUCAUAGUCCCCAACUGGAAGCUCACCACCAGAAUUGAUCAACUGUGUCAUGCAUGGGAGUGGGGGCUGCAAAGCUCAGGAAGACUGUUUUGAGAAGCACUGAGUCAGGAUCUGCAUUGGUUAAAGAAAUAUAUUUACAGAUCCCUGAAGUAAAAAUCCAACAUUCCAAGACAGCCAAAGAUUUGGCAUUCCAAGACCUUCCAUGCUGCAGAAUCUGGAUGAAUGGGAAAGUUGGAUUACUUGGUUCAACAAGCUCAGUUUAAUGACUAAGCAUCUUCUGACCCAGUUGAAAGGAAGACAUGACCAUUCGAUUCCUGGUCAACUCCCUCAGAGGGCAAGGAGAGUUCCUAUAAUAUUAUAAAGUCAAGUGUGUAUUAAAACUAACCCUUCUCUUCAUUCAAAUGUACAAACAACUAAGUGAUGGAAUUGGAACGCAUUUGCGUUCCUAGGUUCAGCCAUUAGAUUUUCAAAUUGAAGUAGCUGGAGUUUGCCAAAGCUUUGGGGUUUUCGGCCUCUUUGGAAUCUGAUCCCCUGUCCUCUUUUCUGAGUGUGGGAUAUAUAAAUGGAAAGGAUGACCAUCACAAAAUAAUUGGAAGUGAAUGUUUCAAAAUUAUGAAGAACAAGCUUGGACCCAAAGCGGAGAAAGGAGAAAAUACUUCACUCUUGCAGAGGUGAGAGAUACAUGGAUGUAGAACACCGCAUAGAAAAUGUCAUUUUUUUAGCUAUGUUGAUCAGUUUUGAUGAAUUUUUAUUUUCUUCCUCUCAAAAAGGUUAUAAGGGAUAGUGGCCUGGGAGAGGGAAAAGGAGAAAUAUUGAGAAAACCAAAGAUAGAGUUCUACUUUAAAAUUUUUUUUUAUUCUACAAGUUACUUUUAACAUUUCCCCCCCGUUUAUUGCUUUUGUUUUUUUGUGUCAUUUUGUUUUUUGACCCUUCUGUCUUCAAAUCAAUACUAUGUAUUGGUUUCAAGGGAGAAGAGUGGUAAGGUCUGGGCAAUGGGGGUUAAGUGAACUUGCCUGGGGUGACACAGGUAGUUCAUAUCUGAGGCCAAAUUUGAACCUAGGACCUCCUGUCUAUAGGCCUGACUCUCAAUGCACUAAACCACCCUUUAUUUCUUAACAGAUCCCUUCUCCACUUCUCUAGAGAGAUAUCCCUUGUAAUGGAAUUUAAAAAAGAAAAACUAAUCAAUGUGUCAACAGAAUGCCAUUAUAUUUCAAAGUUCUGUUGCAGUGGACAGUUCUUAUAUGACCUUCCCAAACUUGCUACCCUGAGCUCCUUACUUACUGCCUGCCUUGCAAGGCCUUAGAAAGUCAUUUUCUUUUCCUCCUGGAUAUAUUGUUUGCUUUGGGCAUUUUUGAAGUCUCAGCCUCAUACAUGAAAUUAUCUUCCUCUGAUUUUAACAAUCUAGAGGAGGCUUUGCCAGGUAGAAUUGGUCUCUUAAGUUACCUUUUUCUGCUGGAAGUCUCUAUGGGACUGAUUUUUAGAGGUUCUAGCUUGACUGUGACCCAUUCUUUUCUGGCCUAUUUGGUUUGUUUGAAGAAGAUCACUAGUUGCUACCCAUAAUUCUGAUUGACGGUAUAGUAUAUCAGCAAGAACCCUGGACUUCAAGUCAGGAGGCCUUGGGUUCUUGACCCAAUUCUAUCAUUUAUUGUAAUAAUAAUAGUUCUCAUUCAUAUAACACUUUUAAAAGCCUUAUUUUUUUCUCUUGGAAUUAAUAUUAAGUUUAUUCUAAGGCAGAAAAGUGGUAAGGGCUAGGAAAUUGGGAUUGAGGGACUUACCCAGAGUUACACAGCUAGGAAGUGUGAGGCCAAAUUUGAACCCAGUACCUCCUAUCUCUAGGCCUGGUUUAUCCACUGAGCCACCUAACUGCCCCAUUUAUAUAACACUUUUAAGAUUUACAAAGUUCUUUACAAGUAUUACCUCAUUCUUACAAUAAGCCUGGGAGGUAGGUGCUAUUAUUAUCCCCAUUUUAUAGAUUGGGAAACUGGGUGAAGCAGAUUUUGUGACUUGCCCAGGGUCACAGCUAGCCAAGUGUCUGAGGUCAUAAUUGAACUCAGGACUGGAGUUGUCUAGCCUCCAGAUCCAGCUCUCCACAUAGCACACCUUGAGCUAAGUCUGUUUCCUAAUCCAUAAAUUAAUGAUCAUCUAUUCUGCCAAUUGCUAGGAUAAUGAGAUAACAUGAAAGUGCUUCAUAAACGUAAAGCCUUCCUAAUUUGGUCACAUCUGGGUCAUUUGGCUGGUUGGCAUUUUGGCCGCCAUCUUCCUUCAGCCAACCCUUCCCCCCCUUAGCUGCCAUCUUCCUUCAGCCAACCCUUCCCACUCAGCUCACUGCAGAGUCCCCAAGAAAGGACUCCCCUAUUGAACUUGCCACUAAGUUCUUGUUUAUGAGACUUUUUUUCAGUUCUAGGUAGAAACCACUUUUGACACUUGUUUUUUGACAUUUUAGAAUUCAGAUUUUCUCCCUUCCUCCCACUCCCCAGGUGGUGAAUAGUGUGAUCUCGGUUACAAACCCAUCCUUUCCAAUGAUACCUAUUUCCCUAUUGCUCAUGUCAUGAUAGAAGACCUCUCUCUGCGAGACUUCUCGCUCCCCGCUCGUUGGUAGAGAUGAGAUGAUAGACAGAAUCUCUGCCGUGUGAAUGAACAGGACUCGGGGGACCAGCUCCACCUCCUUCCCUGCCCCUCCUGAUGGUCACACUCAGGACCCUCGCCUCCCUCAGGUAAAUGGUGUAUCAGAACCCGCUUCGCUGUUGAUUACAUAAAUGAACACAGAUCCGUUGUACAUACAGCGAUUGCCAAGUCAGUUCCCUUUCUGAAUAAGAAUAAAUUCAUAGUAUGCAGA